CCGCGGCUUCUGUUGGGUCAGGGCUGGCCUCGGCGCGCGGGUGAUCGAUCGCCGCCGCGCCGCCCUCCGUGCGCCCGUCCGCCCCGCCGGCUCGCUUGAGCUCGGCCGGCCGUGUGCCCCGCCCGGCUGGUCCGGGGGUCCCGGCGGCGCCCCCACGGCGGCGGCCCCGCGGGACGCGUGGACCGGGCCCCCGCCCGCGCCCGCGGCGGACGGCGUCAUGCGGCACCUGCCCUACUUCUGCCGCGGCCAGGUGGUGCGGGGCUUCGGCCGCGGCUCCAAGCAGCUGGGCAUCCCCACGGCCAACUUCCCCGAACAGGUGGUGGACAACCUUCCCGCGGACCUGCCCACCGGCAUCUACUGCGGCUGGGCCAGUGUGGGCAGCGGGGACGUGCAUAAGAUGGUGGUGAGCAUCGGCUGGAACCCCUACUACAAGAACACCAAGAAGUCCGUGGAAACUCAUAUCAUGCACACCUUCAAAGAGGAUUUCUAUGGAGAAAUCCUCAACGUGGCCAUCGUCAGCUACCUCAGACCAGAAAAGAACUUUGAUUCUUUAGAAUCACUGAUUUCAGCAAUUCAAGCCGAUAUUGAGGAAGCCAAGAAACGACUAGAUUUACCAGAACAUUUGAAACUCAAAGAAGACAAUUUCUUCCAGGUUCCUAAAGGCAAAAUAAUGAAUGGCCACUGAUGAAAAUCAUUUAUUCAUUCACUGUUUUCUAGUAUUUUGCUGCUCAUACUAUGCAGUUUCAUCGACAUAUAUUUUAUAAAUCAGACCUAUUCCUGCAACUGUGGAUUAGUUUAAACAGUACAGUAUAGUAUAGCUACCAUAUUACACUUCAGCUGUUAAAUUAAACCCACCAGGCUAUUCUACUAAAAAAGAUUCAUUUUAAGAAUCAGAACUCUUUUUUUUAUGUCUUAUGUUGAUUAGAAUGUACUAGUAGAAACAUCUUCCAUAUUUUCUAAUAAAAUGGAAUGUAUGUAAGUUUGGGUGAAAGGGCUGAUCACUAGUUUGAGAUGAAACUAUUUUCAUGGUAAAUUACUAGAAUGUAUGUAUUUGGAUAGCAUGUGCUGUUGAACAGAGAAGACUUAUGAAAGCAAAUUAAUAGAUGAUAGUUUGUUAUAAAUCUAGUAGGAAUAAUCCAAACUGUACUUUUGAUGUUUUUGACAUUAACGUAUUAUUACAACCUGAGGAAUGGUGGUUUCAUUUUAGUUAGUUUCUUUUAUGAGAUCAAAUCAUUGUUCUGUGUUCCACUUUGACAGUUGCCUCAAAUCUUAAUGUAGAUUGCCUCUGCCUGUUCUUGUUUGUCUUUUAAAACAGUAAAAUGAAUACCUUCCAAAUCUCUUUUUAAGUCUCGUUUUUGUGUGAACAAGUCUCUUUUUCAGAGUAAGUAUUCUUGAUCUUCAGUAUGUUUCUUAAUUUUUGUUUUUCUUUAGACAGUUGUCAGGAUGUUUUUGUUUUUCCCACUUAGAAUACUGCACUAAACUAGAAGAGUUCACUUAUCUUUGCCAUUCCCCUCCGUUAUAAGGACACUGGUUCCUUGUCUAUCUAUGUUGCAUUUUAGGGAAAAGAAAAUCCUAAAACUUCAUCUUUGUCUCCUCCAAGUUUAAAUGGACAUAUAGAAGUUCGUUUAUAUAUGCAAGUUUCUGCAAACAAAAUGUUUCCUUUCCCCUGAGGGAAACUAUUAAAAACCAAUUAAACUAUGAAAUAGAAAGUUAUUUAUUUUUAAUUAUGUUCUUGAGCAAAUGUAAAUGGUUGUAUAUGCAGUGUAAUUUAAUGCUAACGAGUGCUUAUAGCUUGGGGAAAAAAGGCAUACAUAAUAAAGUUGUAGUUAAAACUUC